GAAUCCACCCGUAUACCAAUAAUUUUAUACAAGAGCUUCUUAACAAAUUAUAGACGAGUCGAUUCUAGCUUCGUUUGUAUUAGUGUGCGCAAAUUACGCAGUAGAUCAGACUGAUUACAGCGAUGGCAAGCAGGGUCCUUGGUCUCUUCCAACAGAAGACAACAUCAUGUUUUAACAAUGGGCAUGUUGGCUACCUGUAGCCUUAACUUAAAAGAAUGGGAGAACAUUUUAAGAAUGGAGAGAGCUUUCCCCUUUAAACAAGGUGGGCUGAGCUUAUUUGCAGUUCUCGCUCCUAUGGCAACCCAAUAGAUCAGCAUCAUGAAUAUUCACAAUUCACCAAAACGCACCCUGACUAUGGAACAGUGAUGUCAGCGGUCCCUGGAAUGCUUUACUGUAUUUUUGCACGAUUGUGUUGCGUUGUUUUAUGAAAGCUGGCAAGACGUCUUGUGAAAAGAGCAUCCUUCGUCGUGCAUGACCUUUCUCUGGUCUCUGUAUCACCGUCCGUCGGCACGUCUCUCACAUGUCACGCUAAGGUGACUUUCAGGCAGUUUUUCCACUUUUGCGCACAAUGUCGGAACGGCACAAAGAUGUACAUCGGGGACGCAGUGGCCAAGCGGACCGCCCAGGCUGUGUGUGAGGACAUAUGCAAACUGUCAGGUAGUCUGAGUAUGAAAAAGAAUAUCCCUCAUCUGUUUCAGCAGAGCCACGGCGGUCCGUGUCAUGUGUAGCAGGCUUUCAGGGAUUCAGAUUAGCUCCAGACUGAUCGCUCUCACAAACAGAUAGGGAGCGCGGGGCUUGUGGCAAUAACCAGUACAAUACAGGCUAGUAAAUUUGGAUUUAUUUAAUAUUUCCUUCGUGUCUCAAUGUCAUAAUGGACAGGUUGCACUCCUCCAUGCGUAAAAGGCUCUACAGUUUGCCACAGCACAUUGGACAGAAAGCAUCUAUAAUGGGUGAAGGAGAAGACGCAGACAAGGACACCCGGAGGAAGAGCAUUAGGAUGAAGCCUUUACCGUCACCGUCGCCGACCUCUGGAGGAAGCUGCAAAGGCAUCGGCGAGACCAAAAGUGGGGAAUCUGUGAUCAUGGAGACGGACAUAGGGAGACCUAUGAAGACCAGCUCAAAUGGAGAUUGUCGGAGAUUUCGAGGCAGCCUUUCGUCCAUCACAAGUCGACAUGUGCACGACUCAGACUCUGCGGAGGAGAGACGCCUCAUCACUGAAGGGGAUGUUACCCCGAGCGAAGAGAGCCCCCCUGGAGCAAUCGGUGACGGGCAGCCGGAUCAAGGUGCGCAGGAGGCCAGCAGUGGCGGUGGAAGUGGUGCCCAAAAUGAUUCUCCAGACCAGCAGUCAGGGUUUAUAAAGUUGGAUGGCAUUGAUCAAAUUCUGCCGGACGACGAGAGAUUAUAUCAGGCUGGGUUCAUACACAGACAGUUAGGAGCAAUGCUUCAACCAGGGGUCAACAAGUUCUCCCUGAGGAUGUUUGGAAGUGAGAAGGCGGUUGAACGAGAACAAGAGCGGGUUAAAUCCGCCGGAUUUUGGAUAAUUCACCCCUACAGUGAUUUCAGGUUUUACUGGGAUUUGACCAUGCUGCUGCUGAUGGUUGGAAACCUCAUCAUCAUCCCUGUGGGCAUCACCUUUUUCAAGGAUGAGCACACCCCCCCGUGGAUUGUGUUCAACGUUGUCUCCGACACCUUCUUCCUCAUGGACCUAGUUCUUAAUUUCAGGACGGGUAUCGUCAAGGAAGAUAACACAGAAAUCAUCUUAGAUCCGCAACAGAUCAAGAUCAAGUACUUGCGGAGCUGGUUUGUGGUCGACUUCAUAUCCUCCAUCCCCGUAGACUACAUCUUCCUCAUUGUGGAGACGCGCAUUGACUCGGAUUUCUACAAGACGGCACGCGCCUUACGCAUUGUCCGCUUUACCAAGAUACUAAGCUUGCUGCGCCUCCUGCGCCUCUCUAGACUCAUUCGCUACAUCCACCAGUGGGAGGAGAUCUUCCACAUGACCUAUGACCUAGCCAGCGCCAUGGUACGAAUAGUCAAUCUAAUCGGCAUGAUGCUGCUGCUCUGUCACUGGGAUGGCUGCCUGCAGUUCCUGGUGCCCAUGCUCCAGGACUUCCCUGCUGACUGCUGGGUGUCCAAAAAUAAGAUGGUGAAUGACACAUGGGGACAGCAGUACUCCUACGCACUUUUCAAAGCUAUGAGCCACAUGUUGUGUAUUGGGUAUGGCAUGUACCCCCCAGUGGGCAUGACAGACGUGUGGCUGACCAUCCUCAGCAUGAUUGUGGGUGCUACUUGCUACGCCAUGUUUGUGGGCCACGCCACUGCGCUAAUCCAAUCUCUGGACUCAUCUCGACGGCAGUACCAGGAGAAGUACAAACAGGUGGAACAGUACAUGUCCUUCCACAAGCUGCCUGCAGAUAUGAGGCAGAGAAUCCACGACUACUAUGAGCACCGCUACCAGGGCAAGAUGUUUGAUGAGGAGAGCAUCCUGGGAGAGCUGAAUGAGCCACUCCGAGAGGAAAUUAUCAACUUUAACUGUCGAAAGCUGGUGGCAUCUAUGCCGCUAUUUGCCAAUGCUGACCCAAACUUUGUCACCUCUAUGCUCACCAAAUUGAGGUUUGAGGUGUUCCAACCUGGGGAUUACAUCAUAAGAGAAGGCACCAUUGGAAAGAAAAUGUACUUCAUACAACAUGGGGUUGUCAGUGUUCUAACGAAAGGCAACAAAGAAACCAAGCUUUCGGAUGGCUCCUACUUCGGGGAGAUUUGUUUGCUAACACGGGGCAGAAGGACAGCCAGUGUCCGAGCUGACACGUACUGCCGCUUGUACUCAUUGUCUGUUGACAACUUCAAUGAGGUACUGGAGGAAUAUCCUAUGAUGAGAAGGGCCUUUGAGACUGUUGCUCUGGACCGGCUGGACCGUAUUGGCAAGAAAAACUCCAUCCUGCAGCACAAGGUGCAAAACGACCUCAGCUCUGGUGUACUCAACUACCAGGAGAAUGAGAUCAUCCAGCAGAUUGUGCAGCAUGACAGGGACAUGGCCCACUGUGCCCACCUCAUGCAGAACGCUCCACCACAGACACCGCCCUCACCUACCCCUGUCAUCUGGGCCCCACUCAUCCAAGCACCUCUCCAGGCAGCAGCUGCCACCACCUCUGUAGCCAUAGCCCUGACACACCAUCCCCACCUCCCACCAACGCUCUUCAGACCUCCAGUUUCUGUCCUCGGUUCCCUGAAGGACCCUCCUAGCCGACUUAAAAAGUUUCACACAUUUGUUCCUUCAUCCACAUCACCUGGCUCUGCUGGGGACUCUCCUUCUAGCACACCUUCUAAGCUGCAAACUGGGAUAGACAUGCCAUUGCUGGCGUCUUUCCGGGCCCAGCAAAUUACAUCAGGUUCAGGGGCAACUAGUUCAAGCCAGCAUGCUUCAGGUAGCGGAAUACAACGUGGACCUUGCGGAUCUGGGCCUGGGUCCAGUGGAGGAGGAACCUCCGUGUUCCCGUUUGGUCAGUUUUCAUCUGCUGGUUCACCUUCAUCUAGUACGGCCCAGCUGCACCCUCAACCACAAAAUCAAAAAUCCUUCCGCUCUGGUACACCACCUCUCUCAAACCUCUUUCACCAAGGAUCAAUAGGUGGAAGCACAGGGUCAGGACUAAGUGGAAGUUUAGCUGGAGCUUGUGGUGGUGCUACGGGGUGGUCUUUAGGUGGAGCAGUUGGAGGUUUUGUGGAAGGGGCCACUGGUGGGGACACUUCCUGGGCUGGAGAGGACUAUAUAACUGGGUUGUCAGAAGUGACUUCUGGUGGGCACUCUGGGUUGGGAGGAGCUAAUGGUGGAUCAGUAGGAGGGAUCUCAGGGGAAACCAAGGUAGGAGUAUCUGAGGGAGCAGUGGGAACUGUUUGUAGCAGGUUAUCAGGUGGAUCGGUGGUACCCAAUACAUGUGGGUCCAUAACUGAUACAGCAAAGAGAUCAAUUGGGGGGACUUCCAGAGGAUCACUGGUAAUAGCUUCUGGGGGGUCAGUCAGUGGAACUUCUGGAGAAUCACUGGCAGUGACUACCACUGGAGGAUCACUGGGACGGGCUUCUGAUGGCUCAGUGGGACUGGUUUAUGGUGGAGCCUCAGGGGGAACAUUUGGAGGAUUUUCUUGUGACUCAACACAAGGAAAUUCUGGGGGAUCAAUGGGGAGGACUUCUGGUGGAUCAACAACUAGCCAUUUAGGAGGAGGUUCAAGUGGGACAGUGGGAGGAGUGACUGGAGGACAUAUAGGCAGAGCAGUAAGUGGCACAAUUGGAAGCCAUAUAGCAGGAUCUACAGCUUGUCCUCUUGGAGGAAUUCCUGGUGGAAUUACUUCUGGGCUUAUUAGUUCCUCUCGCUGUCAGAGCCCUAUAUCUAAUAAUUCUCCAUCUGGUCAGCUUCCCCAAAACCAACCACCUGCCAAGCCUCCUCAGGUGGCUCCUCUGCAGCAGUUUGCUGGAGGAGGCAGGACUACCAGUGGAUUAAACCUUUUCCAGUCCCCUCCACAAGGUUCCCCAUCCUCUGGUAGAGGACAGCACAGUCAACAGCCUGCUGAGGGCUCCCCAUCUUCCCUCAGCCAUUCUAGCCUGGCAGGCCUCCAGUCUGGCUGCUUACCUCACCAGAUGUCACUGGAAAGGUCUGCAUUGGCUUCUCUGGCCCAGUAUGGUUCAGCAAACGCCUCACCCUGCCUUACUCCGGUCGCACCCAGUCCCACUGUUCAAAGCCCUGUGGCAGGCAGGACUUUCCACUACAGUGACCCUUCUAGUGUCACAGGAUCCCACAGUUCUUUGCUCAUGCCUCAAACUUGUUUUCCUUCACAGCUUCCAAGCCAGCCACAAAAUACAGGAAGAGAUUCCCCUCUGGGACGUUUUUCUGAGGACCUAAAGCUUUUAUCCAGCUCCCAUUCAUCCCUGCCCCAGGAGAUGGCCCAGGUCUUAGGCCACCAAACUCCUUGCUCUUCAAUAGAAACUGGGUAUUACCCUUCUCCAUUUUCCUCUCCUACUCUUGUACCCAAACCCUGUAGCUCAGUGCCAGGGCACAUGACUCCUCCAAUCCAGAUGUCUCCGGGGCACCCUCACCAGACUUAUUCCUCCGGGGCCUCGCCAGCCUUGUCUUUACGGAGGGACUCUGCUGCCUUUUCAUCUGAUCUAGAACCUCAGUCUGUCCGCUCUAAACUCCCUUCAAAUUUGUGAGGAUUGAUCACACCCUCCUGUGCUCCUUUGAACUAAAACACAAAUGAUCUCCAUUUGUGGCAUUCUUUUCUGUCUUCAGACUAUUUUUCACUUUAAUUUUACCAAGAUUUUACAUUUACUGUGAUUUAAAAGACACUUCAUAGGGCAACUCAGAGCUCUAUAGUACACUUUGUUUGAUUUAUGCUUUUUCCUUUUAUUAUUCAUUGAUACUGUGUAUAUAGAUAGAGUUAUAUUUAACUGAUAAGUUAAUCAAGGGACUAGGAGGGUGUGAAAAUGAUCUCCAUUUAAAAGACAGUCAUUUUAUUUAUUUCUAUAACUAUGCCAAAUUCAUGUUGUGAUGUUUAGGAAGGUGAUUCAAUGGACUACCCAAUAAUACUCGUUUUCUGCAGGAACCUAUGCACUAACACCUGCAUGUAUCAAUGUUUUUUCUUUCUUUCUUUUUUUUUUGCGUGUGUGUGUUUAAAAAUUAUCUAAAUUUUUAGCGAAAAAACAUGCUUUGAGACAG